AUGCUACAAAGAUUGAAGACAAAGAAUAGAGUGAAGAUUUAUAGACUUGAGAUUGAUAGCAGCUGCCAUUUAUGCAACAGUAAUGUAGAAGAGAGUGUUGAUCACCUCUUUUUUGCUUGCUCUUUCACCCGAGAAUUCUUUGAUUUGGUUAAAAAUUGGUUGGGAUGGAAGACUAGUGUUCAAACUAUUGAAAAGGCUGUAUUGUGGCUUGGAAAAGCUAGGAUGAGAAAGCUCAAGAGAGGUGUGUACACAGCUGCUCUUGCUGCCCUGAUUUACCAACUGUGGAUCUGCCGAAACCUUAAGCUUUGUGAGGGUAAAGAGAAUAAUCGUAGGGUGAUUUUUCAACAAGUACAAAAUGUAACUAAGAAUAGAGUAUCAUGUAUUUGGCCAAAGAAAGCCUCUAAUUGUGACAAAGUGUGGUUUGAUUCAUUGUAA